GGUGGGCGCUAUCCUGCUGAGGUAGCAAGGCUCUUUGCGCCGUAUAACGGCGGAGCCAGAAGAAAUAUCACGAGACGACCAGCUCAAGUCCAAGUGAGUCGAAGAAGCUAUACACACACUGUGUGUUGUUUGGCUGACCACAAGGCGGAUAAAGUCCCAAGCGUACAGCUUAAAGCGGACCUUCAUAUUUCAGGACUUGGAGAGCACAAAGUGACAUUUUCAGGGAAUGACAGCGAUCCCAUGGUCAUAACAAACAAGUUGAUGGAAGUAUUUCCGAAGCUCCAAGAAGGGGGAGGCUUCGAAUUUUUAAAAAUUGCAGGAUCUACACGGAGUCGAAAUCUGGCAUUGCUUCAGUGUCCCAGCACUGGAUACACGCUUGCCUAUCUAAAGGAUCCAGCUUCGAUGAUUGGACAGGCUACAAUCUUCAUUCGUCCGCUUCAACAGGAUCUACCCUUCGAUUGUGAGAGCUCAAGUUCUGCCUCUGGUCCAGUCAUCCCCUGCAUCACCUGUCAGAAGGAGGUUCCCUUUUCAGAGAUGAAGCUGCACAGAUUGAGCUGCAAUGGGACACCCAUGCAGGAAUCAGAGAAAGAACAAGAGGGAGGCCAAAGUGAUAGUGAGACCGUCAGUGACAGUGUUCCAGUGAGGCCUGGAACAUCAGCUGAAAGUGCAGAAGUGCCAGCAGUGAUGGUCAACGAGGAGCUGGAUAGUAAAGAAGCAGACAGCGAAUGGAAGCUUAUUGAAGAACCGUCUCAAGCUGCCAAAGUUUUCAAAGAGAAUCUGCUGAAGGAACAUGCAUCUGGGACACCACUUCGAAUGAAGAUGGAUGUAAGGGACUCUGAAGAGGACAGGGAACGGGAACUUCUCUUGUUCUAUAAACAGCAGCAAGAAUGGGCAUGUCCACUUCAUUGUACUCUUGUUGGUGAUGCUGCUGUCGGAGAGGGAGUGAUGAGGUACUUUCUGACAACGGUGAUAUCCAAACUCCAAUUUGGAUUCAGUCUAGAUCUUGGAGGAAUGGGCCGAACACUGCUGUUUGAGGGUGAACCUGACCAUCUUGUUCCAGCAGCAUCAGAGGCACUCAUUGAAAGCAAUCUCUUCCGGGUUGCAGGAAGGAUGUUGGCCCACAGCUUUCUGCAUGACGGUCCCCAUGUCACAGGAUUAAGUCCUGCUGUGAUUCAUGUACUGUUCAAUGGGGAUCCUGAAAUGGCAACUGUUGUUACAGAAGACUGUCCUGAUCUGCACAUCAGGAGUAUCAUAAAACUGGUAUGUAACAUAUAAGAAACUUUGUCUUGCAAAAAAU